GUCAAAACAGCACAAGGAAUAGUUUGGAGGACGAAGAACCGAACUCGCGCUUUUCCCACUAAUUCUAUAUAAUAUUAUUUUUAUUUUUUUAGUCUUUAGCAAACAUUUAUUCCUUCCUCCUAAGUGCUAUUAAUUCUCAUCUUCCACUUCCCAAAAAAAGGGGGAAAAACAGUGUUGAAAAGGGUUUGAAUCUGCGAAGAAGAUCAACAGACGGAAGCAGAUUCUUGAUAUCUACACAUAAAGGUAAAGUUGUAGAGCAAAGAUUUUGUUUAAAGCCUACCUCGCCUGAAUGGAUCAGCCAGGGCAUGGGCAGCCCCCGGCAAUGGGCAUGGUUGGUAGUGCAGCUCAAAUGCCAUAUGGUAUCCCUCCAUUUCAACCUAACCAAAUGGUUGGGACCUCUGGACCUGGAACGGUUGGAUCAAUUCAAUCUCCUACUCAGCCAGCAGGUAUCUCUUCUCCAGCUCAGCUGGCACAACACCAACUUGCUUAUCAGCACAUUCACCAGCAGCAGCAACAGCAGCUGCAGCAACAACUCCAGAACUUUUGGCAAAAUCAGUACCAAGAAAUUGAGCAGACUACUGAUUUUAAAAACCAUAGUUUGCCAUUGGCUAGGAUCAAGAAGAUUAUGAAGGCAGAUGAAGAUGUAAGGAUGAUAUCGGCAGAGGCCCCGGUCAUCUUUGCCAGGGCAUGUGAGAUGUUCAUUCUUGAGUUGACACUACGAUCAUGGAAUCACACAGAGGAGAACAAAAGGAGGACACUUCAAAAGAAUGACAUUGCAGCUGCAAUCACAAGGACUGAUAUAUUUGAUUUCUUAGUUGAUAUUGUCCCACGUGAGGAUUUAAAAGAUGAGGUACUAGCAUCAAUCCCAAGAGGGGGACCACUUCCAGUUGGAGGUCCUGCUGAGGGUCUCCCUUACUUUUAUAUGCAACCUCAGCAUGGUCCACAGGUUGGAGCUCCAGGAAUGGUUAUGGGUAAGACUGUGAUGGAUCAAGGUCUUUAUGGCCAACAGCCUCGCCCUUAUGUUGCUCAGCAGAUGUGGCCACAGCAGCAGCAACAGCAGCCACCUGCAGAUUCUUGAGCAAAGAGGAGAUUUGCUAGAGCAGAAGCAAGAACAAUAAGUGUCAGGGAAGAAGAUGUCUUACUAGUAUCGAAAUGAACAGGAGAAAUACAUGAACAAGAGAAGCACCAAAGUGAUUGCAAAGACUGAAUAUGUGGGCUGCACAAAUUAAUAUUGAUAAAGAAAAUAUUAUUACCUCUGGAGAUUAGCUUUAUCUAUAGAGUGAAUGUUUUAUUUUGUUGAAAGAUUUAGUGCUUAAAACUUAGUUAAUAUGGACGGCUUAUUAUAAAGUUACUAGUGCAGGGUCUACUUGUAAUGUAUUUGCUAUACUAUGAUUCUCAGGUCAUGCAAAUCAAAGUAGCUGAAUUUGACCUUAUGACCCAACUAAGUGUUGU